GUAUCCUACACCGCCCCCUCGCCCGGAAGCGUUUCCGUCUCGGCGCUAGCGGGCAAGCAAAUCCACAGCGCCAGUGCCACGCGGACACCGAGAGACGGAGCGUUUGGCUCGUCACUUUCCUACAGAUACAGAAGAAGCAGAGGGAGAGAGACGCCAUUGAUGCUGUAGCACAAGGGCGGGCCCAAGAAAGAAGGGGGGAAGCCUGAGCAUGGAGGUGCUGGCCGGAGGAGGCCGCGGCUGCCUCAUGCAUGCGGUACUUCUUGUUGGUGCCGCCCUUGUUGCAUUGACGGGCGGCGCGGAGGCGUGGGCGCACCGCGGCGCCGCCGGUGCGAGGGCCGGCGCCGAGCGGCGGUACAGGGAUCUCGCGGCGGGCAGGAUGGAGAGCGUCAGAUCCUCCUUCGGCAAGGCCAGGAGGGGGCUUGCAACGUCCUCGGCGAGCUCGCGGGUGUACCACGUCACGGACUACGGCGCCGACCCCACCGGCGCCGCCGACGCCACGGCGGCCAUCAAGAAGGCCAUCGCCGACGCCUUCAGCCCCCCCUCCAACGCCACCAUGGCCGCCGGCAUCCCCGACCUCGGCGGCGCCGAGAUCCACCUCGACGGCGGCACCUACCUCGUCAACGGCCCACUCACCCUGCCGGCCUCCGGCGGCGGCAACUUCAAGAUCCACAGCGGCUCGCUGCGGGCGUCGGCGGAGUUCCCGACGGACCGGUACCUGAUCGAGCUGUCGGCGGGCUCGUCGGCGUCGAGCUACCACUACGAGUACGUGACGCUGCGCGACCUGAUGCUGGACUGCAACUACCGGGGCGGCGGCGUGGAGGUGGUGGACUCGCUGCGCGUCGGCGUCGACAACUGCUACAUCACCCACUUCGAGACGGAGGGCAUCGCGGUGCGCGGCGGCCACGAGACGUACAUCCGCAACACCUUCCUGGGCCAGCACAUGACCGCCGGCACCGACCCCGGGGAGCGCUCCUUCGGCGGCACGGCCAUCCGGCUCGACGGCAACGACAACUCCGUCUCCGACGUGGUGGUCUUCUCCGCGGCGACCGGGAUCAUGGUCACCGGCGGCGCCAACACCAUCUCCGGCGUGCACUGCUACAACAAGGCCACCGGGUUCGGCGGCACGGGGAUCCACCUCAGGGUGCCCGGGCUCACGCAGACGUGGCUCACCAACUGCUACAUGGACUACACCAGCAUCGUGGCCGAGGACCCCGUGCUGCUGCACGUGUCGGGCUCCUUCUUCCUCGGCGACGCCAACGUGGUGCUCAAGGCGGUCAACGGCGUCGCCCGCGGCGUGCAGAUCACCGGCAACAUGUUCAACGGGCGGGGCAAGGGCGUGGACAUCGUGCAGCUGGACGGCGCCUUCGGGACGGUGGAGCAGGUGUACGUGCAGCAGAACUCCGCCAUGGGGAUGAACCUCAAGGCCACCACGGCGCGCGGCUCCGCCGAGGGCAACGGUAGCUCCUGGACCGUCGACUUCGCGCCGGUGCUGCUGUUCCCGGACCGGAUCGGGCACGUGCAGUACUCGCUCGUCGCCGGCGACGCGUUCCCCGGGCACACGCUCAGGAACAUCUCCGGCAACCAGGUCGUCGUGGCCACCGACAAGGCCGUGUCCGCCACCGUGCACGUGCUCGUCGACCAGAACAGCAACUGAGCUGGAAAUGGCGGCGCGUUCGCCGCCCGCCGCUGCCUGCUCGCGCUGCGUGGUGCGCGCGAGCAUGGCGUCAUUCGUUCGUUUGUUCCUAGUGAAAUUUAUGGAUUGGACACCCGGGGCCUCUGGCCGGAGAGGAUUUGAACCCAGGUGGCGGGACUACUAUAUAGUUAUAUCGAUUGUUUGAGAAAUGAUUCAGAAUGGAUCAUUUGGGGCUCAUCCUGCGUUCUUGCUUGUCCAGAAUCAAAAAAACUCUUGUGUUAUGUAUCCUCUUGAUGCUUCAUUUCAAGCCAAUAAAAUUCACUCUCUGUG